AUGAUUGGAUCGAUAUUACUAUCGAUUUUAUCUGUGGCAGCGAGUAAAUCAUUGGACUAUACAUCUACAGCGAGGAAUUUCAGUAUAGUAUUAGUCUAUUUUACUCAAACUAAAACAGAUCAUGAAGUAGUGUUAGCGCCGUUUGGUUUAUGGAGCUUGAUGGGACAAGUAGCCUUUGCGGCUAAUGGUACUACGAGGUAUGAACUACAGAGCACCCUUAUCUCAAAUGCGAGUAAUGAGAAGAGUUAUUUCGAAAAUCUUGAUAACCUCACGAACAAAUUGAAAGAACCGAGUGAUGGUGUUGAGAUGAUGAUAAAAAAUUUCCUAUUUCGCGACAAAAGCUUGAAAGUACCAUUGGACUUUGUGACAAGAGUGGAACAAACGAAGGGAAAUAUCUGGUCUGUGGAUUUCGCUGAUAUAAGUGCGCCACGUCUGUUAAACUCUAUAAUAAAAUCAACUACAAAAUUUCCAAUUCCAGUAUUUGGACCAAACGAUUUGAAUGCAACGGAUUUAAUUUUCAGCAACGUAUUCAGUUUUAAAGGCAAGUGGUCGACACCGUUUAAUGCGUCGAAUACUUAUGUACUAACUUCUGUGGAUGCUGCUGGUAACCCUGUGGAUUCAGUUAACAUAAUGAGCCAAGAGAUGAAUGUUCCCUUCUCAGAUAUAAAAAAGUUGAAAGCUACAGUGACUGAAUUACCUUUUGGAACGGAUGCUAAAUUUUGCAUGCUUAUCAUAAAGCCAUACGAGGGCGUUACUGUGACUGAGGUAUAUAAGCAGUUAGCCUCGGUAUUAUUGAAAAAUAUUUUUGAUAAGCUGAAGAGUGAUUUUAAUGACGUAGGAACUAAAAAUAUAACUGUUAAAUUGCCGCGGUUUGAGAAGCAAUCUUUUCUCGUAUUAAACGCUCCUUUGAACGAUAUGGGCACAUAUACUAUAUUUGAUCCUGAUAAAGCGGAAUUGUCUGGGCUAUCAGAGGACCCGUUGUACGUUGCGACAGUUGAACAGAGAGCAAGAAUAUUCGUCUCGGAGGAAGGCGUGGACGUAUACUCAACAAUACCAGCAAAUUUAGAAAUAGCAACAAGUACACGUCCAAUAUACGCAAAGCCAUUUAUUUUCUUUAUUGUUCAUAAGUCUACCAUGACAAUACUUGUGGGUGGUAUAUAUGGAAAAUCUUAA